AGGAGAGAGAGAGAGAGAGAGAGAGAGAGAGAAGGAGGGAGGGUGAAAGAGGAGAGGGAGAAACGGAUGUUGCAGAAUUACGAGAGAUUCUUUUUUUAACGACGACAAUUGCGAAUAGCAUAUCAAUUGAUGUAUCUGUCUGGAUAUAAAGGAAGUGUUGUCAUGGAGACGUCUUGUGUUUGCCUCGGAUGAUUAUUCUCCUUGUAGUAAUUCCCAUGUAGUAUUCUGCAUACAGUACAAUUUCGUGUGAGAUAUCCACAUGUGAAUUUUGCAUGUAUCUCAAUGUCGUUUUGUCAUCCUAAUUUUUAGAAAGAAAUUCGUUUCGAAAUAACAUGGCGCAGAAUCUUGAAUUGAGCAAGAUUAUCGUUUCGUUACAAGCAGAUGAAAAGACUCGUCGAAGACAAGCGUUAGAAGAGAUAACAAAGUAUAUAUCUCGCGAAGGAACGUUAAAUAGUGUCGACGUUUUAGUUGAAAUAUGGGAGAGUGUACAUAGGUAUCUGGUCAGAAUUUUGAACGACAAUACAGAGAUCUGUCGAGAUCUGACAGUGGGAAUUUUGAGAAUAUUUCUGGAAAUUUUACCGCCUGACGACAAGCAUAUAAUCUAUGUUAUACCGAUAAUGUCCAGACGCUUAGGCGUACAGCAGCGGAUCGAGCCCUCGGAGGAAGUACGUUUGAAAUGUGUGUCGCUUCUGCGAACUAUAAUACUCAAGUACAAGGACCUAUUGGCGCCAUAUAUCCCGGAUAUAACAAGAAUAGCGACGCAUACUGUUAUGGACAGUUAUCCAGACGUAAAGAAGGAGAGCUGCAAGUGUAUAUCAGAUUACGCCAAGACUUUACCAAGGCAUUUCUACUCGCAGUCAGAGUAUUUGAUCAAAUCUGUCUUGAGCAAUUUUACGCACCAACAUUACAGAGUUCGGCUUGCCGCUGUUGAAGCGAUAGGCAAUGUGAUGCGUUAUGGAAACAGCAAGUCGAUGGAGGAAGUUGCGACUCCUUUGGCGCAGAGGCUGUUCGAUCAGAGUGGUAUCGUUAGAGAAGCUGUAGUUCAGGUAUCGGGCUGUUGGUUGACGGAGCUACCUGACAGGUACAGUUGGUGGCACAAGCUUCUUCCUCUGAUCAUGACCGGACUGCAUGACGAACUAGCGGAAAUUCGCGCGAAAGCAGCAAAGAUGUGGGACGCUGCAGGAAAAUUGUAUAUGGAGGAAAAUGAGAACGACACCAGGCUGAAAGAUAAAAUGGAUUUCCUUACCGAAAAUCCGAAACAUUAUCCUGCAAAUAUUUCUAGACCGAAUUUAGGAUGUCGGAUGAUCGCACAGCAGAAUCUGUGUAAGCUUAUCAAUGGCAUCAGCGUCGAACUCGGGGACUGGUUGCCGGACAUCCGUGUGCGUUCGGCACAAUUACUCUGCGUGCUUAUAUUGAAUGUGGAAGAAGACAUUACACAGCAUAUCGAAAAGCUUCUGUCGUCGAUGUAUCGCGCUUGCAGCGACGAAGAUGAGAGAGUGGUGGGCUGCGUAGAAACCGCGGCGUUGUAUCUCGGUUACUUCGUAGACCCUGCCAUUUACUGCCACUUGGUGCUUCCCACUAUGGAGGAAUCUCCGACAGCCGGACAUUUGCGUGUCCUCGCAGCGAUUAUCAGCGGUAGCGAACGGAAAGCUCUCGCGCUACGGUUGGACACGAUCGCAAAUUUCUUGCAGCAACCUCACAUCUGCCGGAGCGAGAGAAGCAACUAUCAACGUCAGUUACUAUCCUGCUGCAACGCGCUUCUCGUGGUUUGCGAACAGGAUUGUGUCGCGGUUACUCGAUCUCUAUUCGUUGCGAUAUUUACCACGUAUGCGAUGAGCACGGAGACCUGCAUUCGUGAAGAAACGAACAGGCUGCUGAAGGUACUCGUUGACAUAAACUGCCCGUCGCUGACGGACGUCGAGGAUCUCUUUCGUGAUCACUCGGAGAUGCUGAUAACAUCGAUUCACGGCGACUGCGCCUCAUGGUCGGUGUACAGCGUGGAAUCGCUGAUAUUCAGCGCUUGCCUGAGUCGCGGUGGAAUCGCGAUCGCGCGCAACGUUGACCUCGUGUUGUCUAUCCUCGAGAGAACCAUGGCCGAGGACGCUGAUCCCGGGUUGAAGCUGCGACACUUGAUUCUGUUGUCGGAAUAUUUCUCCAGCAAACCGGGCUUGCGACCAAGUGGCGGCAAGCCGCACAAAUUCAUCAGCGUUACAAUCGAGAAGCUUGUCACGCCGGGAUUAGUUUGGGCCGCUGGCAGAGCGGCUGAAGCUAUACGCACAGCGGCUGUCUGUUGCCUCUGCGCGAUUCUACAGUACGAGAUAGCGAUUCACAGCGACAGAGCGAUCCCAUCUUCGGCUCCUGCCCGAUCGGAAAGCGGCGAGUCCGACACCUCUAUCACAGCACAGCAGUUUUCGUCCAUCUUGGACAAAGUCCUGCCCAUUUUGCUCAGUCUGGCGGACGAUAAGGCGAAGAAGGCUAGAUUAUAUUCCAUACGCGCUAUCAGUUCGAUAGUAACUAUUGGUCUGAAGCUGUCUCGUCUAACGGACGAACAUAUUCAUCGUACAUAUCCGGUGAUACUGAAAAGACUCGACGAUGGCUGCGAUGACGUUCGCUACGCCGCUGUGGAAGCGCUCGUGGAAGUAUGGAGCGUCGCGUCCGUAGAUUACGACAUCGUCGUCAGCAAGAGUCAUAUCGACGCUCUGUACACGACGAUGAUUGUACAUUUGGAUGACCCAGAAUUUCACUUCCAAUCAGUAAUGUUGGACGCACUGAAACGGGUCGCAAGGAUUUUUCCAGAGUUAUUGUAUCAAAAAUUACACAAUUGUCGAUCGAAUUUUAGAAACGAAGCAGGUGUAGAUGCACUCUUGGAGCACUGUCAAAAUAUAUUGAAGAAGGAUUAGAAACAUUCCUUCCCACAAAGAUAGACACACGAUGUAUGAAACGUGUAGGAAAUAAGCAAUUUCUCAGUUUUUACACAUUUAUCUAUCAUAAAUAAAAGGAGCCAUAAACUAAAGUUUCCAAAUUAA